UCAUCAUCAUCAUAAAAAAUCCCUAGACACACACACAGACAACUAUUCUUCCUUUUUUUUCCACAUCUAAAAACCUGAUACAAUAAUUUACCUGAACAAUCCGAAUGUUGGAAUCGUUAAUAUGGCCAUAUGAAUGGCUAAUGUCCAAAAGUGAUCCUCGAACAUCAGAUUGGCCAUUGAUUGGAUCACCAUUUCCAAUAUGGUCGAUAAUAUUAUGUUAUAUUUAUGUGGUGAAAAGUUUAGGACCACGAUUGAUGAAAAAUCGACCACCAAUGCGUAUCGAAUCGAUCAUUAUUGUCUAUAAUAUACUUAUGGUCAUAGCAUCGGCUGGAUUUUUUCAUUAUGGUGGCCAACUGACUUAUAUACCACCGGGCGGUAAUUUCAGUAUCAUAUGCGAACGUGUUGAUUAUACGGUUACCGAUAAAAAUAUGCGUCUAUUACAUCUUUCAUGGUGGCUAAUGAUAUUGAAAAUGAUUGAAUUUCUUGAUACAAUAUUUUUUGUUUUACGUAAAAAAAGUCAACAAAUAUCAGCAUUACAUGUUACACAUCAUUCAUUAGUACCAUGGGGCAUUUGGAUUGGAUUGAAAUUUGGUGCCGGUGGCCAUAAUGCUUUUGUACCGUUAAUCAAUCUAUUUGUACAUAUGAUCAUGUAUAGUUAUUAUUGUUUGGCUGCUUUUGGUCCCCGUUUACGACGAUAUCUUUGGUGGAAACGAUAUCUAACACAAUUACAGAUGAUACAAUUUGCCAUUGCCAUUAUACAUUCAUGUAUACCAUUAAUUAUGGAUUGUGGUUUUCAACCAUUUUUUGCUUAUGCAAUGAUUGCACAUGCCAUAUUAUUUUGGAUCAUGUUUUAUAAUUUCUAUUGUAAAAGCUAUUAUUCAACGGCAAUCAGUAUCAACAAUAACAACAACAACAACAACAAUAAUCAAUCUGAAAAUAUCAUUCAACAACAUCAGAAACCAGAAUAAUCAAAAGGAAUAAAAUUAUUGU